CUGAGCCUGGAACUAAGUAGGGCAUGCCGGAAUUUUUGAGGAAGUUCACAAGAGUGAACUGCACUUUUGAGAAGUGUGGCUUACUGCGCACUGUUUUCGGCAGAGCCUACACAUUACACACUGUGUCUCCUAAGAACUCUGCCGCAGGAACGCGCUAUUUACUCCCAGACACACUGCGCAGAUGCUAACUUCAUGCCCCAUCCAAGGCGCGUAAUCUCCCUACGGAAAACAGGUAAGUGAAGAAAUUCAGCCAAUCCUGAGAGGUCUGGGGCAAAGAAGGCGGGAUGAGGAAGAAAAAGUUUAGGACGGGAGCAACAACCAAUCGGGAGCCUUGAUGCCUGAACGAUGGCAGAUACUACCCAUUCGGAGAAGCCGGUUACCGAGGGGCGGGGUAGUAGACGGUGAGCCAAUCCACGAUGGGAGAGGGCGAGCUGAAGCCAAUUAGGACAGCGAAGGUGGGAAGGGGCGGAGCUUUCCUGGUGGCUGCUAGGUUGUGGAUGAGGGCUCAUCUUUCUCUGCUAGUUCCUACGCUCGGAGUCCUCAUCCUUGGAAUGUGAGAGGAAGAAGCGCAGGAAGUUCCAGAACCAGGGCGUGAAGGCAUCGCCCUGGAAAGCUUGGGCGCGAAAGACAGUCCUAGUUGAAGGAGUCACUGGAAGGCACCGUCUGGGACCGAGGAAGCAGAGGGAACUACUGUUGGGGAACUUUCUUGGGCACCCUUCCCCUUCUUGGGGUGCUAUGGAGUUCCCAGAACACAGUCAGCAGCUGCUUCAGAGCCUGCGGGAGCAGCGGUCCCAGGGUUUCCUUUGUGACUGUACUGUGAUGGUUGGUAGCACCCAGUUCCUGGCCCAUCGGGCUGUGCUGGCUUCCUGCAGCCCAUUCUUUCAGCUUUUCUACAAGGAGCGAGAAUUGGACAAGAGGGAUCUGGUGUGUAUUCACAAUGAAAUUGUCACGGCCCCAGCCUUUGGGUUGCUUCUGGACUUCAUGUAUGCUGGCCAGCUGGCCCUUCGGGGAGAUACCCCUCUAGAAGAUGUGCUGGCCGCAGCCAGCUACCUGCACAUGAAUGACAUCGUUAAGGUGUGUAAACAGCGCUUGCAAGCCCGGGCUCUGGCGGAGGCAGACAGUACCAAGAAGGAAGAGGAAAGCAAUCCUGCUAGUAUGGAGUUUUUGUCAGGCAGUUCUCGUGGCCCCCAGCCUUUACUGGCAUCUAUUGAGCCGUCAGCCCGCUGGAGCAAAGAGGAAUGGAAGGGUCCAGCCACUCCCUUACCUAUUGCUCAUUCUGCAGAUGAGCCACCAGUGUCCGGUGGCGCUGACACUACACAACCAAGCAUGGAAGUCGACCCACCACAUCUGCGGGCACCUCCCCCACAAGUGGCUGAUGUCUCUGUCUCUCUUGCCAGCCCCAGUAGCUCUACAGAGACCAUUCCUGUAAACUACUUCUCUUCUGGCCUUCCAGCAGUUUCCGUGGAGCCCUUGACUCCUCUAGAUGUGGUUCCUGAGAGUCUGAGGGUGGUGGAACCAAGGGAUACUGGAGGACCAUUGCAAGGCUUCUACACUCCAGCUCCAGCCCCACCCCCAGCUCCAGCCCCAGUUCUGUCCCAGGCUCCAGCCCCAGUUGAAGCUGAACUGGUGCAGGUGAAAGUAGAAGCUAUUGUGAUCUCUGAUGAGGAGACUGACUUGUCCGAGGAACAGCCUCAGGGACCUGAAGGGCUGUUCACAUCUGGAGGUGCAAUAUAUGGGGGACAGUCUUCACAGCCAGACACUUUUGAGGAGCCAGGGGCAACAGGACUAGAGGAGGUGGGGCCAGGUGACCACUUCCUGCCUCCAGAAUCUCAUCUUCCAUACCAUCUGCUGCCUGGUCCUGGGCAGUAUCAUCGGGGACUGGUGACCUCACCCCUGCCUGCACCACCAGCCCUGCAUGAGCCACUCUACCCUCCUUCUGAGUAUGAAGUAGCUCCAGGGAGCUUUGGGGGUUUUACAGAGGAUGUUCCCACCUGUAAGACAUGUGGAAAGACCUUCUCAUGUUCUUAUACAUUACGGAGACAUGCCACAGUGCAUACACGAGAGCGACCCUAUGAAUGCCGCUAUUGCCUACGCAGCUACACACAGUCAGGGGAUCUCUACCGCCACAUCCGCAAGGCUCAUAAUGAGGACCUGGCCAAACGCAGCAAACCAGACCCAGAGGCCAGCUCCAAUCUUGGGGCGCAUCCCCUCUCUGGCUCCCAGACAACAGAGAGACAGAGCAGUGGUGGUGGAGUAGCACCCAAAGAUUUUGUACUUGGUCCCAAAAAUUAACAUCUGAGCAUGAACUGAUGCCAGGCCUGCGCUUACUACUGUUAGAUGGCUACAGAGGAAGUUGGAGGCAUCCCAUCAUUACUACAGGGUGGCAGAAUGAAGGUUCUUCCCAAGCUGAAGGUGUCUACCCAUCUCUUUGUCAAGCCAGAUAAGUAGGACAUGGGGCAAAGCAGGUCAGCCACAACACUCCAAGGCACUGGGGAUUUUCCUGAGGUGCAUCUCAUCCCACAUUCUGGAACAUAAAACUAGCCGUGAAAUUAUCCCUUUGAACUGGUGUUGGCCGGUUCGGUUCCUUCCACAAGUCCGAUGGGUUCAUGUCUGCCCUCUAGUUCUUUUAUUUGACAACUGCAUUGGGUAAGCAUGUGACUGCUUAUGAGGCAAAAAGUGAAACGCAGAGGGCAGCAUAGACUUGACAGGAAAAGAGUACAAAUAGGGACUCUUACACAUGGUUUACUACAGUUGAACUUGUGUUCUGGGCUGUAUUGGGUACUUCAUACACUCAUUUUUAAUCCCUGACAACUCUUUAGGCUCUUCCGCUUCAGGUGCAAAGAAACUUGAGACUCAGGACUCACUUGUUCAGGGUCAUUGAGCUGGUUAAGGAGAAAGCUAGGAUUUGAACUUGGCUUCUGACUUCAGAUAAAAUUCAUGAUAAAACCAUACAUUUUCAAAAUAAUGUUCAAGGCAAAUAGUUAGCCAACAACUAGACGGUUUUUCUUUUUUUAUUUUUAUUUUUACUUAAAAAAUUCCACCUCCUCCCAUUUCCCUCCCUCCCUCCCCCCCCCCCAGUUUUUUCUCUUUAUUUGAAGAUUUAUUUAUUUGCCAUGAGGUGGUAGCUUAUGCCUUUAAUCCCAAGACUGGGAAGCAGAGGCAGUUCUCUGAGUUCCAGGACAGCCAGGGCUACACAGAGAAACCCUGUUUCAAAAAACAGAACAAAAUUUAUUUUAUGUGUGUGGGCUUUUGGCUACAUGUAUGUCUUUGUACCACACAUGCAUGGCUGUUAUCUGCUGAGGCUACAAGAGGGCAUCAGAUCCUCUGGAACUAGCGUUAUGGACGGUUGUGAACCACAUUGGGUGCUGGGGUUUGAAUCUGGGUCCUCUUGAAGAACAACAGGUGAUCCAUCCUCCAGCUCCAGAAGUUGUUUUCUUAUUCUUUUGAGUGCGUGACUUUGUUCCCUUACCUGUGUCCUCUGCAUUGGACCUAGAAAGAUCUUUGGUUGUGUGUUUUGACAAUGGACGUAUUGAUAAACUUGAAAUUUCUGCCUUUUUGUGAAUUUGAAUUGAGGUCUCUGAAGAUGAGAAACUGGUGAGAGAAAAACUGUGUGCCCAUGGAGAGGGCUGUUUAUGGGGGGAGGGGGGCUGAGAACCUGAGGAAAUAUUGAAAUGACAGCUGCUUGGGAAAGCUAAGGCAGGAAACCCCAUGAGGAUUUUAUAGUCCUCUAAGCUUGGACCCUUACUUCCAAAUGUGGAGCUGGGGACUGAUGUUUUACCUAGCCUGAGACCCUUGGGAUCUGAUCCCUAGCACUCCGAAAAGAAGUAAAAUUGUGGGGACUGAUGGUUUACCUAGCCUGAGACCCUUGGGAUCUGAUCCCUAGCACUCCGAAAAGAAGUAAAAUUGUGGGGACUGAUGGUGCCUGAGACCCUUGGGAUCUGAUCCCUAGCACUCCGAAAAGAAGUAAAAUUGUGGGGACUGAUGGUUUACCUAGCCUGAGACCCUUGGGAUCUGAUCCCUAGCACUCCGGAAAGAUGUAAAAUUGGAACAACAGCUGUCUAAAAAGCUUAAAGCACUCACUAAAGUUAUACAGGGAGUUACUGGCACUAGAGGCAGUAAAAAGUGAGAGUUUAAAGUGUUGAGAUGGGAUGUGGGGAAAGCUCACAAUGUAAACGAAGUAACUUUCCAGGCUGUGGAGAGUGGAGCUGUGGAGCUGUAGAGUGAACUAGCCAGGUGCCCUACACACACCCUCUCCUGGCACACAAGGACCUAAGAGCAAAUCAAACAGGAGGCAAAACUGAAAAAAAGCCAAAAUAAAAGCAGGCUUUCUUGACUUCUUUAGCCUCCUCUGGGGUCACAUGCAGGGCUGUAAGUUGCUCCAACUAAGCUACUGCUGGUUUUGAGAUAGGAGACUGAGCUAACAGUGAAGAUUUGGCCAAAGGAAGCUCCCUUGGUGAGGCAUCAUGGGAAGCAAGAGUUGAUUUUUUUGUUUUGUUGCUGAGAAAAUUCUAAAGCUGAGUACAACUACAAUGGCAGCUCCUCAGCAGUUGGAGGAAGCUAAUCUGAGAGAAAAAGGAAGACUCCGUCUUCCCCAUAAUGAAGAACUUGUACACAUGUCACACUCCUUUUCCUCCCUCUUUGGAUCCUUCCUCCAUUCCUUUCUUCCUGCCUUCCAUUUUUGGAGACAGGGUCUCUUAUAGCCCUGUCUGGCCCUGAACUUGCUAAGUAGCUGAGGAUGGCCUUGCCCUCCUUCCAGGUACACGUGCCUCUAACCCAAAGGUCUGAUGUUUUAGGCAUAUACCACUAUGCCUACCUCUUUGGUCUUUUGAGACGGGGUCUUGCUAUGUACAACAGGCUAGCCUGAAAUUCUAGAUAUUCCGCCUUGGCCUUAUCAGUACUAGAUGUACAACCAGGUCCUGUAGCAGGACUAAUAAAAACCCAGAGACAGAAAUUGGGGUUCAACCUGAAGGUCAGAAAAGCAAAACAGCCAGCCACUGACUCUUAGCUCUCUACCUCAGUCUGAAAUGGCGAUCCUGCCUCUAGGAAUCUCAGAAUGGGACUGUGUGUGAGAGCUCUCUUCUCCCACCUUAUUCCUCUCUAGGGCCGGUUUGGCAAACUAGUGUGGCUACUGGGAUUAAAGGUGUGUAUCACCACUGCCUCAUCUGUAAGGCUGACCAGUGGGGCUGUUUUACUCUCUGAUCUUCAGGCAAGCUUUAUUUAUUAAAAUACAAAUGAAACAUCACCACAAGGUUCAGCUAACAUUCCUUAUAUUAGAAUAACUGUCUGUGUUCCAAUUUUAUUAAUGCUAAUGUAUUAUUGCCUUAAUUUCUCCAAGAAAGGGCAAAAUAUGAAUAAAAAUAGUAAAAGCCAUUCUAGAUGAGUGUAGCACCUUUUCCAGUCUUUCCUACUGUAAACAUCAAAGCCUGUGAGAAUCAGUUCCCUUCAAAAGGGUGGAUUUUAUAGCUUUUGAUUUCUCAUUUAAAGAAGUAGGGGGAGCUGAAAAAAUAAGUUGCCUUAGAAUAUCAGUUCCUCAAAGUAAGGAACAAAGCCCUCAUGGAACUGACACAUUCUCUAAACUGUGUGAGUAACAGUCACUCCUGGGCUAAUCAAGUCAGCCUUGCUCCAGCCAGUACUUAACUGACGAGUCAGUGGGCAGGGUGUGAUUCAGUGGGAGAGUAUGUGCCCAGCAGGCGCAAGGCCCCGAGUUUCCACGCCUAGCCCACACAGAGAAGGAAAAAGAGCUCAUGAGUAAGUAAAUUCACCUCCAUUUUUACAGACUAGUGUGGUACUAGUAGUUCUAGCUCAGGCAGAAGGCUCACGGGCUCAGUAGACUAGGCUAGCCUGGGCAACUUAAGAAUAACCAGUGUGUACAGAAUAUAGCUGGUGUGCUGGCUCAUGCCUGUAAUCUUAGCACCUGGGAGGCUGACCACAGGAGGAUUGCCAUGAUGUCAAGGGCAGCAGUGUUAGCCAAGAGCUCUCCCACAAAACUACACCCUUAACCCUCACAUAUUGACUAAACACUAAUACAGGUAAUGUGUAAAUAAAACUUGAAGCAAAUCUAUGGAGCUGGUAGGUCUCAAUGUGGGAAAUACUUGUCAAACUGCCUUCUGUGAUCUUCAAAUACAUCACAAAGCUUCUCUCUCCAGAUCUUGUUGGAAAUGCUUACAGCCUCUUCCUCUCACAAAUUUCUGAACAGAUAUUUAGGGAUUCACUGUGGCUGACCAAGAUGUAGGCUUGUCAGAC